UAGCCUGCACGUCUCCCCGUAGCAACAUGGCGGCGCCUCAGCGCGCUGCUUUGCCGCUGGCCCUUUAAGACUCUGUCGCCCUGGUGACAAUGGGGGCUAACGCGCAUGUUUGCGCUCUUUAGCCUCUUAGCAUCAGUUUUUCUCCUGUUGUACUGGACGUGUACAGACGACGACUCCUGUCCGGCACCGUGUGACUUUCUUGUGUACGUGGGUUCCAUUCAGGCCGGAAGCUGAGUUCAUCUCUCCCAGAAGAUGAGCGGAGGCGCUGAUGCGCAGCCCGUGACCUGCACCGUCAAAGCCGCCGUCCACCUGCAGGUCGGAGAUGCUACGACGGACACGGCUCCGUCCGGAGUGUGUGUUGUGGACGUCAACCUUCCCUUUGGAAAGUCUGUUAACAUAGAAAAAAUCACCUUUAAGAACUACUACACAGCCUACGUGACCGUGCGUUUGUUGAGAAGGAGCCCUGAGCAGGAGGCCCCGGCCAAGUGGUGCACAGCAGUCAGAGACCUGCCUCUGAUGGACAACCCCCACACUGAGCGAGGCUCCCAGGACUACUGCUCCAUCCACAGGACGCACAUGCAGGUGGAGCCUGAUCACGUGGCGUCCGUGCGGCUGAUCCUCAGACAGCCGUCCUGUGCCUGGAUGACCUUCAGCCUAGAAGAGAUCCAGAUCUAUCCUCGCAGCCAGCCAGAUCCGGAGAAGGAGGUCUCUGACUGGCUUUCUGACCUGACCCUGGUUGAUCAACACUCUAAUCUAGAGGGCCUCCCACACCCCCAGACCGUCUCCUCCAGUAUCCAGCAGAUGUGGGCUCUGACCGAGGUGAUGCAGAGCAGCCAGACCACAGCCUCCAUCGGACGAUUCGAUGUGGACGGAUGCUACGAGGUCAACCUGCUGUCUCUGCCGUGAUGUCGCUGUAGGAGCGCUGCAAACUGUGAUUUCAUUUAUAUACUGUUAUUUUCCUUGUCUGAGGGGAAAUGAGCUAAUGAAAUGUUAAUUCUUACACUGUUCUAUUAUUGAUGCCUGAAGUGGCCGACGUUGCGUGAAAAUCCAUGUAUGAAUAAAUUACUGAACGAUCAA